AUGGCCGCGGGCGGCCGUACGCACGAGCCCCGCGUCCUCGUCUGCCUCGGGGCGCUCCUGGCCAGCUGGGUCGCCGUAGGAUUGGAGGCUGUUGUCAUUGGAGAAGUUCAUGAGAAUGUUACUCUGCACUGUGGCAGCAUCUCGGGACUGAGGGGCCUGGUGACCUGGUACCGGAACGACUCGGAGCCUGUCUUCCUUCUCUCGUCCAACUCUAGCCUCCAGCCAGCUGAGCCUCGCUUCUCUCUAGUGGAUGCCACCUCCCUGCACAUUGAGUCGCUGAGCCUGGGAGAUGAGGGAAACUAUACCUGCCAGGAGAUCCUGAAUGUGACUCAGUGGUUCCAAGUGUGGCUGCAGGUGGCCAGCGGCCCCUAUCAGAUUGAGGUCCACAUCGUGGCCACCGGCACACUCCCCAACGGCACCCUCUACGCAGCCAGGGGCUCCCACGUGGACUUCAGCUGCAACAGCAGCUCCAGGCCACCACCCAUGGUUGAAUGGUGGUUCCAGGCCCUGAAUUCCAGCAGCGAGUCCUUUGGCCACAACCUGACAGUCAACUCUUUCUCACUGUUACUAAUGUCGCCAAACCUCCAAGGGAACUACACCUGUUUGGCCAUGAAUCUGCUCAGCAAGAGACAUCGAAAGGUGACCACCGAGCUCCUGGUCUACUACCCCCCUCCAUCAGCUCCCCAGUGCUGGGCACAGAUGGUAUCAGGAUCAUUCAUGCUGCAGCUUACCUGUCGCUGGGAUGGGGGAUAUCCUGACCCUGACUUCCUGUGGAUAGAAGAGCCAGGAGGUGUAAUCGUGGGGAAGUCAAAGCUGGGGGUGGAAAUGCUGAGCGAGUCCCAGCUGUCCGAUGGCAAGAAGUUCAAGUGUGUUACGAACCACAUAGUCGGGCCAGAGUCGGGCGCCAGCUGCGUGGUGCAGAUCAGGGGUCCCUCCCUUCUCUCUGAGCCCAUGAAGACUUGCUUCGUUGGGGGCAAUGUGACACUUACAUGCCAGGUGUCUGGGGCCUACCCCCCUGCCAAGAUCCUGUGGCUGAGGAACCUUACCCAGCCCAAGGUGGUCAUGCAGCCCAGCAGCCGCCAUCUUAUUACCCAGGAUGGCCAGAACUCCACCCUCACCAUCCACAACUGCUCCCAGGACCUGGAUGAGGGCUACUACGUCUGCCGAGCUGACAGCGCUGUAGGGGUGAGGGAGGUGGAAAUCUGGCUGAGUGUGAGAGAACCUUUAAAUAUCGGGGGGAUUGUGGGAACCAUUGUGAGCCUCCUUCUGCUGGGACUGGCCAUUACCUCAGGGCUUCUGUUGUAUUACAGCCCUGUGUUCUGCUGGAAAGUAGGAAACACUUUCAGGGGACAAAACAUGGAUGAUGUCAUGGUUUUGGUGGAUUCAGAAGAGGAAGAGGAGGAAGAGCAGGAAGAUGCUGCAGUAGAGGAAGAGGAGGGAGCACAUGAGAGAGAGGAGUUGCCAAAAGAAAGACCUAAGCAGGACCACAUUCACAGAGUGACCGCCUUGGUAAAUGGGAACAUAGAACAGAUGGGAAAUGGAUUCCAGGAUCUACAAGAUGACAGCAGUGAGGAGCAAAGUGACAUUGUUCAAGAAGAAGACAGGCCAGUCUGAAGAAGAGGAUGGUCCAUGGUUGUCUUGCUCCAAAAGCUUGGAAAGCUACAUUGAAGACGAGCUCUUCAUUCAGCUUUGACUCAACCUGCACCCCUGGCGGGGGCUUGCACUAACAACAUUUGGGUCUCAGCAAAAAACAAAACCAAGCACACACAUCUUUCCUUCCAUGUAUUGAAAAACAUUGGUUUGAUUUGCUCUAGUUUUCCCAAUGAUGUUUAAAAGCUUUGAGAAGGAAAGCUGCUUUGGUGUCUGAGGUGCCACUUUUGCUGUGAAUCCUGGCUUUAUCCAGGUUGAUCUACUGUGAUAGAUGCUGAUUUAGAGGGAGCAGAGGUCAGGGAAGCACUGGGUCUUGGUGCCUUUUGCCACCUUUUUUUUUUUUUUUUUUUUUGAGAGGGAGUCUCCCUCUAUUGCCCAGGCUGGAGUGCAGUGGCACGAUCUCGGCUCACCACAACUUCUGCCUCCCGGGUUCAAGCGAUUCUCCUGCCUCAGCCAUGCCACCUUGCAAAUAUCAGCUCCUUGGAACAGGUGAAGUUCCAGGUACCAAUGUCAAUCAGAGGAAGGCAGUUUGGUUCAGGCUUUGGAGUUAGAAACACCUGAGGUUGAAUCUGGGCUCUGUUGCUUCCUUCUUUCAUGGGCUAGAGCACAACUCUUUACCUCUCUCUUGGCCUCAAUUUCCUCACCUGUAAAAUAGAUGAGGAAAUCGCUCACUUAUUGUUGUCUCGUUCUGAAAGCUUGGAAAGCUACAUUGAAGAUGAGCUCUUCAUUCAGCUUUGAUUCGACCUGUACCCCUAGUGGGGGCUUGCACUGGCAACAUUUGGGUCUCAGCAAAAAAACCAAGCACACACAUCUUUCCUUCCAUUUAUUGAAAAACAUCUUUGUAAGAUCCAUUCAUUGAAAAACAUAAUCCAUUUAUUGAAAAAUAUCUUUGUAAGAUCACCUGCUAAGUAUGAAAAUCUGACUUGAAUUUGUACUCUUUAAUGUUGCGUAUCUGCUCUAGUGGGCAGGACCUAGGGCUUAAAGGGGGACUUCCUUUCUCCAAUUCUAAGAACUGGGACUCUGAAAUGAGAAGCUGGUUGUCUGAAGUAACCCUGCAGGUGUGGUUGGGGAAGGUCUGUUUCCUUGGAUGAAGGAACUAAACUAAGCAUAUCAGAGCACUGUCUUAACCAGUUUUACUUCCCUGGAGAUAGAAUUCUUUUAAAAAGAGUUAGGGAGCUGGUAAUAGGAAGUGCCUUUCAUUAUAACUACAUUUUGCAGAGCUUCAUAUUUAUACACAAGCCUCCUAGGUGAUACACUAUUAGCUUGCAGACUUUCCUAUGCUUCAUUUCUCCUGUUGCUUUCAAAGAAGGCAGGAGACACGUUUAAUAACAGAGUAUCUGGUGAUAAGAAUUGCUUGGGCAAACCAGCUCAUCUGGACUGUUUCUCAGUCUUGGAAAUGGGAAGAGGAAAACUUGUUUCCUUCCUGCUUCUUAAGGAUAUUCUGAGGGUACGCUGAUCAAUAACACUAAAUUUGGAAUGAAAAUACCAUGUGAUGAGUUUAGCCUGCUGAUGCUUCCAGUAGAUCCUUGUAUAGUUUCAAGAUUUAAGUUUUCUGAUUUCAUAUAAAUUUCUUAAAGUCGAGGACCUUAUAAGGGUGCAAUGGAUGUUUGCUAAAUAUGAAAAACUGACUUGAAUUUGCACUCUUUAAUGUUGCGUAUCUGCUCCAGUGGGCAGGACCUGGGGCUUAAAGGGGAACUUCCUUUCUCCAAUUCUAGGAACUGGGACUAGAGAAGCUGGUUGUCUGAAGUAACCCUGCAGGUGUGGUUGGGGAAGGUCUGUUUUCUUGGAUGAAGGGAUUAAACUAAGCAAAUCACUAGAAGUAUGCCCUGUCCUCUGCUCAGAACAUUGGGGAGCUCAAGAGUGGGCUGCAAUGUGCACCCCUCAGGAAUAGCUGUGAAUUGCAGUUCUACUGGUUUUUUGCUUUUUGUCUUUUGCUGCAAGGUACCCCACGUACUUAACCAUUCUCAACAGUGUAAAUCAGGGUCAUUUUAGAAUGAGAUACUCAGCUUGCUUCUAAAGUCACUGAAUUACUGAGUGAGUCUUUCCUUUCGAGUCUUUGGCAACCAAAUUCCAGAAUUGAAGAGUCUACUACUCAGAGGCAACAAGAUUAAAA